AUGGGCGCUACCAAAGCGAACAAGCCGACUUUUGAAGAAUGGCAGGACUGUAGUGAACUAGCUUUCGAGUGGGCUAGGAGCUACGAUGAGAAGGUCAACUACGGUGGAGUCAACAACGCACAGGCAGACGCCAUGCCAGCUGCAGAGUUCGUCAAAAUGAUGCAGAACCCGCUUUUCUUGGGCGACAAGAACAUUGAAUCCCAGCAUCUCCUUGGCCUCUCAAAGUGGGAGAAGCUCUCCGACACUGAGAUCAAGAGCCAGCACCAGUCUCGGGCUGCUCACCAGAGAUGGGAGGAAGGACGAGGAGAUAUUGCUGCCAAGGGGCAUGGCCAUGGCCUCGUUACCACUUUCUACAAGAAAGUUGAUGGAGAGUGGAAGUGGGCUGGAAUCCAAACCAAGGUUGACUUCAAUGAGCAUGAAUUUGAGAGGGUUUUCGUUGGAUCCGCAGGAAAGUUUGACCAGGAUGGAAAUACCAUUGAGGCUGCGCCUUAA